GUCAUCGUGACCUACGAGUCAUGCUCACUGUUCGAAGCCUUCGGCAUGCACUGUCAGUCGGUGUUUCUCGCAGUUCUUUUGUCCCUUGUCAUCCCAUCCGUUGCUCAGAACGACGAACCAUUGAAGAAAAUGCUGCGUUAUUACGAACGCAUUUUCUACGAGCCUGUUCGCUCCCGACCCACCCACUGGCGGCGGAAACGAUCAUUGGAUGCCAACAAAGGACGUCUCUUCUUGACCUUCAAAGCAUACAACAGGCAUUUCCACUUAAGCCUCAAGAAUGAUCGAUCCACCUUCUCGGAUGACUUCGUUUUGGAGACAGCUAGCGAAGGCCGGGUCCAACCGAAGCUGGAUCAUAUUUACUCAGGCUACCUCGUAGGUGAACCCAAUAGUCGUGUCUUCGGAUACAUGUUGGACGGCAUUUUCCACGGUAGAAUCACCACACCCACUCAAGAGUACUACUUAGAGCGAGCUAACACGUAUAUUAAGAACAGCGGCAAGUUUCACUCCAUCAUAUAUACUGCGAGCGACGUGAUCAUGCCCGAAGGUGGUUGCGGUCUGUACGGGACAACGAAAGAGUGGAUGGACAGAAUUCUGCGCCGCUACGCUCGCAAAGAUCCUGCAAGACAGAAGCGUCCAAAGCGGUGGCUUAGAGAAGCAGUCACUCUUGUCGAAGAGGCCAACGAAAAUCUUACAUCGAACCAGCGACACAAAAGACCGAGGGCCGUCGUCUCGCCCAACGUAAAGCGUGUCUGCAACGUCGAGGUUACCAUCGACCACACGCUGUACAACAUCUUUUACCGUGAUAUCGAAGACCCUCUUCGUGUUCGGGACGCUCUCUCAGGCCUGGUUAGCUCACACAUCGCAGCAGCGUCGGAAAUCUUCUCAAAUACUAAUUUCUACGGCAUCACUGACAUUGCGUUCGAUGCCCAAAGAAUAAUCAUUAAUGACACCGCUGCAUGUGAAGGGCAACGAAAGGCGAGAAAUCCUUUCUGUUCGUCACACCUCGAUGCUGCACACAUGCUCCACGAAUUCUCCAAGUCACGCCACGACGACUUCUGCGUAGCUUAUGUGUGGACCUAUCGAGACUUCCCUAAUGGCGUCCUAGGCCUCGCUUACGUUGCUGAGCCAUCGGGCAAUAGUGGAGGCUUAUGCGUGGGCUACUACACGGGUAUUGGGACAGACUUUCCCUCCGACUACGCAGGGCCACUCAGUUUGAACACGGGUGUCGUCACAUUCAUGAACCAGAACAACCACCUCAUCGGACGGGUCUCUCAGCUCACAUUUACUCAUGAGCUCGGACAUCACUUCGGGGCACAGCACGACGAGGGCGAAUGUGCACCGGAAGGAGACGUGGGCAACUUCAUCAUGUACCCUAGCGCAACGAUGGGAGACAAACCGAACAACAAAAAAUUUUCACCGUGCAGCAUCAAAGCAAUAUCCGCCGUCAUACAUCCCCUCUUAGCAGGGGAAGGAUCGAGAACAAACUGCCUCCAAGAACCACGAGGCCCCUUCUGUGGGAACAGCAUUCGCGAGACAGGCGAGGAAUGCGACUGCGGCUAUGAAACGAGCGACUGCAAAGACAAGUGUUGCUAUCCUAGGGAACAUCAUGAGGUGAACCGCAAAGGUUGUACGCUCACACCCAAUUCAAAGUGCAGUCCCUCCAACAGCAGGUGCUGUAACGGUGACUGUCAGCUUUACAAUUCUACUCAGAUGUGCAGGGUUGAAGAUGAUUGUACCUGGGAAUCAUACUGCGAUGGUACAACGGACAAGUGUCCUCCGAAUCAACCGAAAGACAAUGGGACCCUUUGCAAUAAAGGCACACAGAUUUGCGUAGCUGGCGAGUGCCGCCUGUCCGUGUGCAAGAAGUACGGCUUUAAAGAGUGCUACCUUUCCGGCUCUCACUACAGCUUGGAGGAUAUGUGUCUCAUUGCCUGCCAAGAAAAUGAUGACGAUGCCGAAUGCAAGCCAGCGUGUUCAUUUGAAGUGAUGAAGGACCUAUGCGGGAGGCGCAUGGAACCUGGAGCACCCUGUGACCAUCUGCGGGGCUACUGCGACGUCUUUCAUAAAUGCCGUCGAAUAGAUAGUAACAGCCCUCUCGCCAAUCUACAACGGCUCAUCUUCGGUAGACAUGGGCUGCCAAAUUUGCUCGUGGUAUACUGGUAUAUCACGCUACCGGGAGUGAUGUGUUGUAUAGCCCUCAUGGUGGUGUUCAUUCGACUCUGUGCCGUACAUACACCGAGCAGCAAUCCACACCUACCGCGCAAUAGGAAGUUUGCGCAGAGUAUAAAACAGCCAGUUGCUGUACUCAAAGAGGCUGUUCUUUUUAGUGACAUUCGCUAAUGACGACGUCACGGACUCUGUUCGUUGCCGACAGAUCAUGUAUGGAAGAACGGACAAUUUUUGUUCCCGAGUGUUGCUUUUCGUUAUACAUUAUACUGAUUAUUGGCAAUGCAUAUGCAUGUCGAGUUCUGGAAUGAUACUGGAUAAUACGCCCGUUUCCUA